AUGAGGCCACUACUGAUUGAAGAUUUCACCCUAACACAUGAUACAGACCACAAAAUUGAUGGCACAAAAUCAAUGGCUGGAGAAAAAUUGAGUCAAGGAGGCGUUGCAUUGGUCUCUGACAUGUGUCCAGAUCCUGGGAUUCCAGAAAAUGGUAGAAGAGCAGGUUCUGACUUCAGGGUUGGUGCAAAUGUCCAGUUCUCCUGUGAGGACAAUUAUGUGCUCCAAGGGUCCAAAAGUAUCACCUGCCAGAGAGUUACAGAGACACUUGCUGCUUGGAGUGACCACCGGCCAAUCUGCCGAGCUAGAACAUGUGGCUCAAAUCUGCGUGGACCCAGUGGCAUUAUUACCUCCCCUAAUUACCCAGUUCAGUAUGAAGACAAUGCACACUGUGUGUGGGUCAUCACUACAACAGACCCGGAUAAGGUCAUCAAGCUAGCCUUUGAAGAAUUUGAGCUCGAAAGAGGAUACGACACCCUUACUGUAGGCGAUGCUGGGAAAGUUGGUGACACCAGAUCCGUCCUCUAUGUACUCACGGGAUCCAGUGUUCCUGACCUCAUUGUGAGCAUGAGCAACCAGAUGUGGUUACACCUACAGUCUGAUGACAGCAUUGGCUCUCCGGGAUUUAAAGCUGUUUACCAAGAAAUUGAAAAGGGAGGAUGUGGCGACCCCGGGAUCCCUGCCUAUGGGAAGCGGACUGGCAACAGUUUUCUCCAUGGAGACACACUAACUUUUGAAUGCCAGGCGGCUUUCGAGUUGGUGGGGGAGAGAGUGAUCACCUGCCAACAGAACAAUCAGUGGUCUGGCAACAAGCCCAGCUGCGUGUGUGAGUAUUGUGCAGUGACUGGGACCCCAUCCUGUUCCGACACUGCCUUGCAAGGGGAGAGAAAGAGAGACACAGUGCACCCAUUCAGCAAGGGCAGCUUUGGGAGCAGCGCGAGUGUUCUUCAUUCACCUGAAACACAGCAGGGCGUUCUCAGACCCCACCAUCCAAAUUCUUCCCUGAGUUGA